AUGAAGGGUUUGGAAGAGGGAGGGGACACCUGGCCUCAGGAAGGCCUUCCUCUUGCAAGCACCGGUUCCGCCUGGGUAGGGCAGGGAGCCGGAUCCGGGGAGGAGGGAGUCAGGCAAGGCCAUCGGAGUGGCAUCCAAGGCGUGGAGCUGCCUCAGGGCGGAGACCUCAAGGCAGACCCAGGAGGAUCGGGAGCAGCAGCCGUCUGGCUGGGAAAAGCAUGUCAGGAGUUGCCCAUGGGCUCCUGCAAAAAGCCCUGGGAUAUCCAGGGGGUUCUCUACCUGAGCCCUACUACUGUACUCCUGCUUCUACUGUUGCUGUUUCUGCAGGACAAUGAAGACCCAGGAGAAGAAGCCCUUGCCCUAACUGACCCCACCAAUUCCUUGAGAAGUGAAAAAAUAGCUGGAAGACGCAAAAUUGGGAAGACUAGUCACUGCUCUUUUCUGGUUCCUUGGAAGACCCCUGCUCCUGAGUUCCAGAGUUCCUGCUCUUGGCCUCACCUCUCUUGCCUCCUCUCCCCAAAUCCCCUUCAGUCUCUGGCCGGGAGCCCCACCGUUGUGGCCCCUGACUCGCUGGUCUUUAUCUCCACACUGGACGGGAGCCUCCACGCCGUGAGCAAGACGACGGGUGACAUCGCUUGGACCCUGAAGGACGACCCAGCUCUGCAGGCUCCGAUCGAUGUUGGAGCCCAGCCAGCCUUCCUUCCAGACCCAAAUGACGGCAGUCUCUAUGUUGUGGGGGGCAAGAACAAGGAGGGCCUGAUGAAGCUGCCUUUCACCAUCCCGGAACUGGUCCAGUCCUCUCCCUGCCGGAGCUCCGAUGGCAUCAUCUACACAGGGAAGAAGGAAGAUGUCUGGUUCGUGGUGGAUCCCGCCUCAGGGCAGAAACAGACCAUGCUGUCGACAGAGGCCUGGGGGGAGGGCCUGUGUCCCGGCGCCCCACUCCUCUACAUCGGCCGCUCCCAGUAUGUCAUCACUAUGUACGAUACCAAGUCUCGCGAACUGCGCUGGAAUGCCACUUUCCUGGACUAUUCGGCCGCAGCACCUCUCCCAGACCAGAGCGAGAAGGAUGAAAUUGCUCACCUGGCCUCCAGUGGGGAGGGUCUGCUGGUGGCGGUGUCCCGGGCCAAGGGUGAGGUGCUGUGGAUGCAGGACUUGGGGUCCCCAGUGGUGGGGGUCUUUGCCUGGCACCAGGAGAUUCUCCACAGGGCCCCGCUCCUCAACGUAGCCCCCGAGAGCCUGCGCUUCCUCCUCCUGCGCUCCCAGCACCUCCGCCUCCUCCACUGGGACUACCAUUCCGCUAAGGAGUCCAGCGCCAAGGCCCAGCUGAUGCCAACGCUUUAUGUGGGCAAAUCCCCACUGGGCUUCUAUGCCUUGAAGUCUCUGGUCCAUGAAGGAGUGGCUCUGGUGCCCCAGGGGGUCACUCUGGCACGGCUGGAAGGGCCCACCACCAGCGACGUGACGCUGCGAGAGUCCGGCGAGCGCGAGAUCACUCCCAGCACCGGCGUCAAGUACCCAAAGGGCAGCAUCAUCGCUUCUCAUCACAGCCAGUGGCUCCUGAUCGGGCACCAUGAGCUCCCACCGGUGGUCCAUACUACAAUGCUGAGGGCCUUUCCAGAACCCCUGCGGAAGAACCCAGGGACCGUCGCACCUCACAGCUCCCUUUUUGACGAACUCCUGGAGGAGCCCCCCAACACAGGCGUCCCCUACCGUGGGCCUCUUUCUAUGGAAACGGAGCAGGUCAAGGUUCACCCGGAGUCUGGCAGCUGGGAGCCAGUGGCAGCAGGCCUUGUGGCCGUGUUUUGGGGUGGUGGGCUCUUCUUCUUCAUGCUUUGGCAACAGAACCGCAAGCAGCAGUUGUACCUGGAGCAGCAUCUGGAAGAGCGGCUCCAGCGGCUCCAGCAGCAAGUGAACACAGGGUCCCCUCUUGAACCCCACUCCAGGGACCAUCUGCCAAUGAAAGAUUCCAGCCAAGGCCAAGGAGAAACACCAGGGAGUUCCUCAAAGCUGACAGAUCAGAGCCUGGGCUCGUCCUCCUCCUCUUCUUCAUUGGAACCGGCCAAUCAGACACCCAGUCAGAGUCUUCUCCUUGGAAGCACCUGCCCAGGCACUGACCCAGAAGACAUUGUGGUGGGGAAGAUCUCCUUCAGCCCCAAGGAAGUGCUGGGCCGAGGGGCAGGAGGCACCUUUGUUUUCAGGGGCCGCUUUGAGGGCCGUCCGGUGGCGGUGAAACGCCUGCUGCCUUCCUGUGUAUCCCUGGUGGACCGUGAGGUGCAGCUGCUCCGGGAGUCAGAUGAACACCCCAAUGUUGUGCGCUAUUUCUGCACAGAGGCUGACCAGCAGUUCCGCUACAUCGCCAUUGAGCUCUGCUCUGCCACAUUGCAAGAGUAUGUGGAGACCCCAGACUUCCCACGGCGAGGCCUGGAUCUGAAAACAGUGCUUUACCAAACCAUGUCUGGCUUGGCUCACCUCCAUUCCCUUAGUAUCGUCCACCGUGACCUGAAGCCCUGCAACAUCCUGGUCUCAUCCCCCGAUGCUCACUGCCGGAUCCGUGCAGUCAUCUCUGACUUUGGCCUUUGCAAGAAGCUCCAAGGGGGCCGCCAGAGCUUCAGCCUCCGGUCAGGGGUCCCGGGAACCGAGGGAUGGAUUGCACCAGAGCUGCUGAGGGAGGACCCCACAGAGAACCCCACCUGCGCGGUGGACCUCUUCUCUGCCGGCUGCGUCUUCUACUACGUUGUGUCCGGCGGGCGGCACCCCUUUGGACAGAGCUUCCGCCGCCAGGCCAACAUCCUGUCCGGGACCUACAGUCUGGAGCAACUGCAGCAGGAGAGCCACGACAACAUUGUGGGACGAGAUCUGAUAGAAGCCAUGAUUGACAGUGACCCCCAUUUGCGUCCCUCAGCCGCCCAAGUCCUCCUGCACCCCUUUUUCUGGAACCUCGAAAAGCAGCUGCAGUUCUUCCAGGAUGUCAGCGACCGUAUUGAGAAGGAGCCAGCGGAGGGACCCAUUGUCAGUGCAUUGGAAGAUGGGGGCCACGAAGUGGUGCGGGGCGACUGGCGGUCCCACAUCUCCCUCCCGCUGCAGACAGACCUCCGCAAGUUCCGGACGUACAAAGGCCACUCCGUACGCGACCUCCUCCGGGCCAUGAGGAACAAGAAGCAUCACUACCACGAACUGCCUACUGAAGUGCAAGAAGCCCUGGGCCACGUCCCGCAGGGGUUUGUCCACUAUUUCACAAGUCGCUUCCCUCGACUGCUGCUGCACACGCACCGAGCCUUACACUCCUGCUCCGGAGAGGGGCCCUUGCGGAGGUAUUACGGUCAGGAGCCACACUGAGGAAGAACCCCAAUGAACCGCUGGGACUGGAUGGUUUAGGGGAGGAGAAGCCCCAAUGUAUGGACAGUGGCAGCUCUCCAUGACAUACACACAGAGGCCAAGCCAUGAGCAUGGUGCCCGCUGGUCACAGGGAAGCCAUUUUGGUCAAUGGGACCACCAUCCCACUCCGAGGGGUCAGUUGAGCUCAGCACAAACCAAACCAGAACUGUGUUGUCAAAGGUUUUCAUGGCCGGAAUCACUGGACUGCUGUGAGUUUUUUGAGCUGUACAGUCAUGUUCUGGCAGCAUUUUCUUCUGAUGUUUCACC